AUGACUGUUGAAAUUAAACUCAAAGUGAGCCAAUAUGCAGUGUGCAGAGAAUUCGAGACAAAACAGCAGAAAGAAACCCUGGUGAACCAUGAAAUUCCUGAGCGUCCUUGGCAAAACAUUGGUACAGAUUUAUUUGAUUUUGAAGGAAAGAAAUUCCUGAUCACUGUUGAUUACCUAAGCAACUUUUGGGAAAUCGAUCGAAUGAAGGACACAAAGGCCGAGGCGGUGAUUCUCAAACUCAAGAACCAUUUUGCGCGUUAUGGUUCUCCUGAAAAGGUGAUUAGUGAUGGAGGUCCACCAUACGAUUCUCAUGAAUUUCGAAGAUUUGCGAAAGACUGGGACUUUAAGCAUGACAUAACAGAUCCUUACCAUCCGCAGAGCAAUGGAAAAAUUGAGUCCGCUGUCAAAUCCGCUAAGAAAAUUCUGAGGAAAGCGCUAAAGUCAAAAUCAGAUCCGUAUUUGGCAAUUCUUGAUCAGAGAAAUACCCCGUCGCAAGUACUUGGUAAUAGUCAAGUCCAACGCUUGCAUUGUAGAAGAACCAGGACACUUUUACCAACCCGAUCAGAACUGCUGAAACCAGAAACUGUAGACUGGAAGAAAACCAAGGAAGAUAUUGAGACUAGUCAAGAAAAACAACGGCAUUAUUAUGAUAGAAAUGCAAAGGACUUGACCCCAUUGCAUCCGGGAGAUACUGUUCGUCUUCAACCAAUGCGAAAAGGAGAAAAAUCAUGGAAAAGGGCAAAAGUGACCAAACAACUCAAAGAUCGGUCUUAUGAAGUCGAUACCGGAGAUCGAAUACUGAGGCGUAAUCGUUGUACAUCUGAAGAAAACGGAGGAAAAUCCACCACCAAUGGAACAAUCCGUGGAACUGUCACAACCAGACAUGCCAGAGACAGAGAACAAUCCUACCAUGGACAAUCAUAG